GUGUCAGUGUCGUCACGCUGUUAAUAGGCUCUGGCGCUCGUCAGUGGAUUUGACAGGACAGCAAGUGGACACCGCGACAGCAUACGACAACAGCUAGAGCGAGAUAGAGUCGGGCUUUAGGGGCAAAAGGCAACCGGAGGCGAUACGGUGAUCACCAGCGCUGUGUGACAGAGGCAGCUCACAUGUUUGAGGGGUGGGAGGAUGUGUUCCAGGAGACAAAGGAAUCGCAGGCAUGUAGUUUUUUUGUCCGCCCAUAGUCAACUCGGGCACGUUUACGGACCGAAUAAUAAAAGUUACAUCCCUGUAUUACAUUAACGUUCAUGUAAAUACUCACCCAACUAUUUAAUGACCGAGGUUGGAUUUUUUUCGGGGUUAGUCACUACCUCAAAAAAGCUGCGAACACUCACAGAAUCUUAUAAUCUUUAUUGUUUUUGGAGUAUGCGUUACAAUAUCUGGAUAUCCUGAAGUGCAUUCCUCCAGAGUUCUAGUAAAGUGAAGAGAUCGUUCUUCAAAGGCGUGACAAAAGCAAACGGACGACACAGACAACUCGCAUCAGCACCACAAUAUCCACCCUCUCAGUAAAGGCGUCUGCAGAUUUGGGCGAUACGAACACAUUUCUUCUUGUCUGUUUGGAAGCGCUCUUAACCCAAAGUCCUGCGAUCCCCGGACCGUCAGAACUGCUGCUCAGCAACUAUACCACUGAGUCUUGGGCUGUACAAACUCAAUGACUAACGCCAGAUUUGUAUUUAUCGUUUUGGAAAAAGGACGCUAAGCUGUCUCGUUUUAUAAAGUUAAAAGCAGUGAACGUAUUGACGAGCUGUGCAUCCCGAAAGAUUCCCGAGGAGAAAUCACAGUAAGGGCCCUCUCCAUGGAUAUAGACACAGAUUAUGAACGACCUAAUGUGGAGACUAUAAAGUGUGUGGUGGUGGGUGAUAACGCGGUGGGCAAGACCCGGCUGAUCUGUGCCCGUGCCUGCAAUGCCACCCUUACUCAGUACCAGCUGCUUGCCACCCACGUGCCAACUGUCUGGGCCAUCGACCAAUACCGCGUGUGCCAGGAGGUACUUGAGAGGUCACGAGACGUGGUUGACGAGGUCAGUGUCUCUCUCAGGUUGUGGGACACAUUUGGAGAUCAUCACAAAGACAGACGCUUCGCUUACGGCAGAUCAGAUGUGGUAGUGCUGUGCUUCUCGCUGGCCAAUCCGAACUCUUUGCGGCAUGUCCGCACCAUGUGGUUCCCUGAGAUUAAGCACUUCUGCCCCCGCACCCCGAUCAUCCUGGUGGGCUGCCAGCUGGACCUGCGCUACGCUGAUCUGGAUGCUGUUAACAGGGCUCGCCGGCCCUUGGCCAAACCCAUCAAACCUACAGACAUUCUGCCCCCAGAGCGAGGCCACGAGGUCGCUAAGGAACUUGGCAUUCCAUAUUACGAAACAAGCAUUGUUGCUCAGUUCGGUGUUAAGGAUGUGUUUGACAAUGCUAUCCGUGCUGCACUCAUCUCUCGACGUCACCUCCAGUUCUGGAAGUCCCAUUUAAAGAAAGUCCAACGUCCCUUUCUUCAAGCCCCCUUCCUACCCCCUAGACCACCACGACCCGUGGUGGGCAUUCCCGAUCCUCCGCCCAUGGAUGGAGAAGGUCCGGACUCUCUUUUCUGCCAGCCCUUGUGCGGAGAUGUCCUGUUUCUCCUUCAGGGUGGGACCACUCACGUCUUCUCUCAUAAGGUGUACCUUGCCACUUCCUGCUCUAAGUUCUAUGACCUUUUCACAAUGGAUCUUGGGACAGCUGGCGAGGAGAAGGACGGCGAGGAUAGCUCGGAGGGGAGCGAGGAGGAGGAGCAGAGCCGAAGAGGAGCCAAAGAACAGGCUGGGCGUACCAAAAGCCUGGACAUAGAUAAGGAAGGUGAAGGGGGUACCAGGGGUUCCAACAGGCUGCUCAUGUUGCAGCAAGGCUCUUUGAGGACUUCACAGAGCGAUAACUCUCUACCCGCCAGGAGCCAGCGCUCUGUGGGACCUCUGGGAGCUGGCCGUGCUCUUUUGGGAUGGGGACGGGGUUUCUUAGGGGUAUAUUUGGAGAUGGUAGAUGAUCCUGUGACAGGGCGACCAAGACUCAUGACAGUAGUGUCCAUGGAUGAUCUUAUUCAGGAAGAGCCAUUCCAGGCAGUCCUGCAGUACCUUUACACAGGUCACCUGGAUGAGAGGCGUGGGGACCUGAUGCAGGUGGCCACCAUUGCUGAACUUCUGGAAGUCUUCGACCUGCGCAUGAUGGUGGCCAAUGCACUGAAUCGUGAGAGCUUCAUGAAUCAAGAGAUUACCAAAGCCUUCCAUGUGCGUCGUGCCAACCGCAUCAAAGAAUGCCUGAGCAAGGGCACCUUUGCUGAUGUGGUGUUUCGAUUGGACGACGGUUAUCUGCCUGCCCACAAACCACUGCUCAUCUCAAGCUGUGACUGGAUGGCAGCCAUGUUUCGUGGAUCCUUCAUGGAGAGCUACAUUGAGGAGAAAACAAAAAUGAUUAUGUCACGAAUGGUGGGUGGUGAGAGACACGGAGACAGAGGACCCAGGUGCAGACAGCGGGUGUCUAUUCCCAACACCAGUUGUGCCUGUAUGAGAGCAGUUCUGGAGUAUCUCUACUGUGGUGUAUUAACACCAUGUCCUGAACUGGAGCCAAUGGACCUUAUAAUACUAGCCAACCGCCUCUGUCUUCCCCACCUUGUAGCUCUUACAGAGCAACAUGCUGUUGAGGACCUGUUGCAGCUGUCCGUUAAAGGGGUGGACAUUGAUGGGCCCGUACUGACCUAUCUGGAGAUGGCUCAGUUCCACAAUGCCAAACAGCUCUCGGCCUGGUGUCUGCAUCACAUCUGCACCAACUAUAAUAGCGUCUGCCGCAAAUUUCCUAAAGACAUGAAGACCAUGUCUGCUGAAAACCAGAAACACUUCGAGAAGCAUCGCUGGCCACCCGUCUGGUUCCUGAAGGAGGAAGACCGCUACCUCCGCUCCCAAAAAGAGCGAGACCGCGAGGAAGAGAUCGUACGGAAGCAACACACUAAACGGGGCUGGUGCUUCUGGAGACAUCCAUCCUCCUCAGCACCCCAUAUUUCUUGAAGGUUCAACUCUACCCAUCAACCCCUUCACUCAUCUCCAUCCUGAGGCAUGUAGCCGAGCCUGGGGAUCCCUGUUUCAACGUCCAGGUGUGUCCGUCCUGGCUUCUCUGGAAAUUAUUCUGGAGUCUCUUUGCCCCCGAACUUUCAUCUUCCCUCCGAGCUGGGCCUUAGUGGACCGCCUACCACAAGCGCUCAGAAUGUGUCAUUAAAUAGGAGAAGGCUUUAAGAAAAUUUCAAAUCUGUUUCAACGUUAUGUUCACCACAUGCCAUCUUUGCAAUGACCUGAUUCCACUACUCGAGACUGUUAUUAUUGUACAUACACACUUACACCAGCACCCUGUCUUUGCGCUGGCGCCCAGGCCCAUGGAUGCUGCAUGGUGCUGCUGUGUUAAGCUUUCUUUGUGAGACCUGUUUCUGGGAAAACCGUCAUGUUCAAUGCAUACGAGCUGAAACACACCGUAUGCUUUGAACACAAAAAGCAACUAAAAUGGCAGCAGGGAUAUACAAAUUAAAAGGGGCUGAGUCGCCCCUUUUUCAAACUAAUGUCUGCUUACAUUCUCACAACACAAAAAAUCUCCAUUUUUGAUCUUCCAUUGCCCCAUAUUGGCACUGCGUACCAAUUGUGUUGCCUACUGAGGAACUCUUGUGUUUUUAACAUUUGUCUUAGUAGACCAGGGGCAGGAACAGAAGGGUUUAUUUCAGGUCUGUCACUCAUAAAGGCUCUAGCAAAGCACCAAAGACAGACACUCAUUCAGACACAAACGCCUUACCAAAAUUUAUUGAAACAAGACAAAACUUGACAGCAAGUGAACUAUAAAUUUAGGGCUAUUCAUACCACUGCCGUGAGAGAAUUAGCAAUCACAGCUAUAGGAUGAGUUGUUUUCUACAAUAUGACCACUAGCAAGCUACUUGACUUGCUUGCCUUUCGCCUCCACCACCAGGUGGCGCCCAUGCCUUCUGAGUUUACCCUUCUUUAGAAAGUAUUAUCAGCUCAUUUGUGUGUAAAUCGUGGACCUUUGCAUUCGAGAAUCCAAGCAUUUUGUAGCACCUAUUGGCGAAAUGUCUGAUAACCAAAAAAAAAUAGAUUGUGACGUUUGUUUUCCCUUCAAGCUAAAAACAAAUGCUCCCCUCUGUUAUUCCUCUGGUCCUCUACCUCUUAACCAAAGAGAGGGAGAAACUAUCAAUCCAUUUUCUCUAGUCUUUCAUUUGUUGCAUUGUGAUGCUUCACGGCUAAAAUGUCACUUUGCACUUUACACAUGCAGACGAAAUCGGUGCUCAGGAUAAGCCUGCAAAAUGUCACAACAUUCAGCUACUCAUUCACCUCUCUAUACAAGUUUACCUGUUUUUGACAAUCUUAAUAACAGCCCGGCAUAACUUGUUAUUGAAAAGUGCAUCUUUUUUAUUAAGAAAAGCUUUAUGCAUUUCAAAACAGGUUUUGAGGUUAAACUGACAUUUGUAAUAUACCCUUUCCUCACUUUUCAGAUCCGCAGUGUUAGAAUCUGUUUGCUUGAGUCUGUCUAUAUUGCCUUCCAUUUAAGUACAUGAGUGCCUAUGACCAUGUUACACUUUUCCUUCAAAAUUGAGAUACACUCAUCCUUCAAGUAUUUUUCGGGGAAGCAUGUUUGUUUUGCCUGUUUUGUGCCUUUAAACAAGAGUGUUAUUAAUAGCUAUUGGAGGUGAAUAAGAAAUCCAAGACAUUUUUUCCUGCCACCUCUUUGCUAUUCCUGACUUUCUGACUUCGCUUUCUCGAGACUGCGCACUGCUUUUCUCACCACCAGACAAGCUGAAAUCAUCAACAGCUACAAAAAUAGACUCGCUUUGCACAGAGCCCAUGUGCCCUGAACGGCAGUGAAAUUGGAGAAAUUAAAAAUGCGAAAUGGAUUUGAGUAGAGGCUUUUGAAACUCACCUGCCCUUAAGGGAAAUUUAGCAUUCAAUGCGUUUGUUUCAUUCCCUUGAUGGGAAUUCCACUUCUGCAGUAUUUAUAGGGACAGAACAAUAAAUGAAUGUUUAUUGAAGCACUCAAAGACACACUGUAUGCCUACCCGCUACGUAAAGGCUUGCUAUUAGUAAAACAUAGAAUGUACGGCUUUACUGUUUAUUUGCAGGCUGGCUCUGCAAAGAAUUAUGUAUUUAAUCACAGCUUCCCUGUCCCGGAUAGCUGCUGUCUGCCCCUUAGAGACCCCCUAGAGUUUGCUAACUGAAAGAAUAUUGACGCAAGGUACACCGACUACAGUUAUGAGCUUUGAGAAAAUGAUAAACAUCGGUAUACUUCCUAGGAUGGAAGCUUGUUGCCGUGGUGAUUUCAGGCUUGUUAGCACUUUUUGUCUUUGUUUGCUUUUGCACUUUCUUUUGCUUCGAUUUGGUCUGGCAUUGAUGUGCAUGGCAUUGACUGUUUUUAAACUAUGGCUUUUUAAAAGAGGUUACAUUUUGUAGCAUGGAAUGGGUUUCUUCCAUUAAAACGGUGCUUCUGAUGGCCCUGUAUAUUAUGUGCUUGCAUGGAAAAAUACUUUCUCAUACUUUUUACUUUGAUGUCUGCUGUGAUGAAGGCAUCAAAGUCUUCCUCCCUUGUACUUUAAUUGACUAUGCCUUCAUGAACUCUCGAGUUGUAUGUUUUGUAAUAGUAUUUAGAAGGUCUAGUUGAUUUCUUUUGAACGGUAUCAGAGAGGUCCCAUUUGCUCUUAAAACAAGUUGCAAGAAAUUUGUUUGGCUCUAACAACUGCUAACAGUAUAACAGCUAGACAUGCACUUUAUCCUUAAAUUAGAUACAAAGUUAGAUUUCUUUCAGUUUAACAAAAGUUGUACUGAGUGACAAAUUGUAAAAAUGUAACGUUAAAGUAUGCAUGUUUACAGGUAAGAUGUGCAUGGGUACGGUCUUGGGAGUGCUAGCUUGAGAGUUAGCAUGUAGUUUUAAAUAGUGGUAGCUUUCAUUAUUAAGCAAUCAUUAUGCACUUUUGUCUUGUUAUUAAAAAACAUCCCUCAUUCAACCACAGAUAAUCCAGAAUCCUGACUGGCAUCAUGUUAAUAGUAAUAUUGUUCUAUACUCGGUUAUUUAAUGUAAGUGGUUUGCAUUGCGCAGCAUAUAAACUCAGAAUUUUUGUGAGAGAUGAGAGCUAAAAGUUAAAAGUCGUGGUCUGUGUUACCUGUGCCUUUUAUUCAAAGUCCUGUAAUCAUUGUCGUAAUCAUUUUUAAGAGAGGCCACCGCCUUUAGUUUCAGUCGGGGUAAUUGUAGUGUUCAUAUAAACACACACAACAGUACACAGUUACCUGACAGCCAGCAGACCACUUUAUUGCUUUGUUUGCAUGCCUGUGGCCAGCAUGUAGCAAUCCCUUCUGUUCUUUGAGUGAUGUGAUGCAUCUUUUUAUGAUUUUUACAUUGUUUCAUUUGAUUUUUUCCUCUUUCUGAUUGUGCUGAGUUGAGUGGAAACUGUUCUUACUGUGAGCUGUGAUCAUGACUAGAAGGUUUCACAUUAAGAGAGGGUCAGAGGUACACUUGCGUCCUCUACCGUCAGCCGAAGGUAAAACUGUUAAGGGUGAUUUUCCCUGAAAAGAUGUAGUACCAGAGCAGUAGUUUUUUCUUGCACUUCUAUUAAACUUGUUUGUAAAAUGAAGUACAUCUAACCUCAUUUAAUAUAGGCAGAGACCACUUUUAAGAUUCUGUUUGAAAAGAAAGGCUCUAGAACUAGUUUUGAAAUCCACAUUUCCAUUCUUCUCUUAACGGGAUCGUUCAACCAAAAAUGAAAAUUCUGUCAUCAUUUACUCACGCUCAUGUAAUUUCAUACCUGUAUAAAUUUCUUUGAACACAAAGAAAGAUAUUUGGAAGAAUGUUAACAAUUUUCAGUUCUGGGACAUCAUCCACUACCAUAUAGGAAAAAAUAUUUUUGUUCUGUUGAACACAUAAUGAGAUAUUUUGAAGAAUUUAAGAAAACUUCUUCCUAGUCAAUGAUGUCCCGGAACUGAAAAUGACUAACAUUCUUCCAAAUAUCUUUCUUUGUGUUCAAAGUAAUUUAUACAGGUAUGAAAUUACAUGAGCGUGAGUAAAUGAUGACAGAAUUUUCAUUUUUGGAUGAACGAUCCCUUUAAGAAAAAAUGGAUCGGUCAGUUAUAAUGAAGCACUUAUUCUCCUUGGCAGAUGAUGUGGUAGGUGUUCUGUCAAAGUGGUCAUUGCCAAUUUUUUCCUCUUGAGGGGGGGGUGUCACUGGCUGCCUGUUAGAUUGACCCGACUCUUUACCUCUCUUCCUUAUCAAAUCUGUGAUUAUUUAAAGCUGUUUUGCACUUUGUGUUUUUUAACCUAGUUUGAAGAAUUACUGUUCUGGUCCUAAAACGAAGAUUCUGUUACUGUUCUGUAAUUAUUGUACUCUGUCGCAACCAGAAGCACACACACUACACAUACACUAUGAAGGGCUUUUAAAAUACUAAAUCAGAAUGUUUUUGCUGCUGCAAAGAAAAAAGAAAAACGUUUUAUUGAAACCUUUGUAAUAUUUUUAACCAACUGUGAUUUGUACAAAAUGGAGUGUGGGGAAGGGUUGGAAAAAAGUUAUCUGUUUCAGUAUUUUAAUGUUUGCUUGGCUUUUAAUAAAACUAAACUGAAAUCUAUUAACUCGCCUUUUCUUUA